GCGAAACCUGCCGACAGCAAGACAGGCCACCCGUGACUCUCAUAUUCUCUGAAGGUCCUUCAUUCUCUUGCUUCUUGUGUUGGGGUUUGUUUGUAGGGAAGGCUACAAUGUCUCCGUCUCCUGGAGGAAGCCCUAUACACAUCUUCUCGGGCACUGGAUACAGCGAAGACGGUGUUUUAGUUGCUUCUUCUCCGGUGAAGCUGUCAUCAAGAACCGUAACAAGUAGAACCAACCCUGACGGGUUUGGGCAGAUGAUGCGAGUUGGGUAGAUAUGUAGUGACACAGAGCCUGCGUGCAGUCUGUCAAGAUCACAUAUAAAGUCCCCGAUACUACGUGGUCAUUAGUGACACCGGAUAUCUACCCACUCUUCUAGACUACCAUUAUUCUGCUAUCACCACACCUCUCGUACCGGAAGAUGAUGCCCACGUUCCUCCAAGCGAUCUGUUCCACAUGCAUAGCUCUUGCAAUAUACACAGCAAGUCUAGCCAUCUACCGUCUCUUCCUCUCCCCGCUCGCCAAAUUUCCCGGCCCAGCUCUCGCCGCUGUCACCAGCUGGUACGAGGUAUUCUUUGAUGUUCUCCUCGGUGGCCAGUUCAUGUGGGAAAUCGACCGUCUCCACGGAAAGUAUGGUCCUAUUGUGCGCAUCAACCCCAACGAACUCCAUAUCAAAGACCCAGACUACUAUAACACCCUCUAUGCAGGCCCCACAAAGCGACGGGAUAAGUACCUUUGGUUUCUAUCUGUCGGAGCUUCGACCUCGACCUUCGCCACCGCAGAAUAUGAUCACCACCGCUUGCGGCGUGGGAUGAUUAGUCCCUUUCUCUCCAAGCAAGCUGUCAGGGACUUGGAGGGGGUUAUCAAGGGCAAGUUAGAUUUGCUCUGUGGGCAUAUGGAGAAGGCGAUGAGGACUGGUGAGGCAGUGGAGUUGCAUACUUCUUUCGUGUCGUUUGCUGUGGAUGUUGUUUCGACCUAUGCAUUCGGGGAGAGCGGGUGCUUCGAAGAGUUGAGGAGGGAAAGGUUAGAUGACAGAUGGAAGAAGGGCGUAAAUAGCACCUUCGCCAAACUCAUUCUUACGAGGCAUUUUCCUUGGCUAGUGGUUCUUUUUCGGUUCCUGCCUCUGUGGGUCAGUGCGCUGCUCGCUCCUGGGGUGCAGUAUAUUGAUUAUAUGGAGAAGGAGAUAGAGCACCAAAUGCAAUACGUGUUUGCGAAAAACAAGGAUGGCGUCAAGGACAAUAGCAUCUUCUCGCAGCUUAUGCACAAUCCUAAACUACCUCCGAAGGAGAGGACAUUACAUAGACUGACUGACGAUGCCAAAUUUCUGAUGAUUGCCGGCACUGACGCUCCAUCUCAGGUUUUGGCCAUCACAAUGUUCCAUGUUGUUCGCUCUCCGCUGGUCUGUCGAGACCUACGUAGGGAGCUGCAGGACAAGACUGCACAUUUACAAGAUGGGCUUGGCUUGAGCAUGCUUGAAAAACUUCCGUAUCUGACUGCAGUCAUUAAAGAGGGGCUUCGUGUCUCUGCCGUUGUCACAUCACGUCUCCCGCGGAUUGCGCCUGAUGAGACACUGGAGUUCAGAAACUGGAAGAUUCCCCCAGGAACCCCAGUGAGCAUGUCCAGCCACUUCAUUCUGCGGGAUCCCGCUAUAUUCCCUGAUCCACUGGUUUUUCGGCCUGAACGGUGGCUAACACCAAGCCCUACCGGCUUGAACUUGGACAAGUAUCUCGUGCCGUUCUCAAAGGGAAGCCAAGGAUGCUUGGGGCCAAAUAUGGCUCAUGCUUGGUUCUACCUAUCCCUAGCCACGCUGCCGCGGAGAUUCGAAUUCUCUCUGUUUGAAACCGCCGAAGAGAACAUUAGGACAGUCCGGGACUGUUUCAAUGGACAGACAAAACCUGGACAAAAUCAUAUCCAGGUGAAGGUGUUGAUGGAGUUUACAUAG